GAUGCGCGGUUGUUAUGAUUUUUUAUUAUUGCAUACAAACAUUGAAAAGUAAAAUCGAGAUAUUCAUACUACAGAGCCAUCGUUGUAUUCGCCGGUGAAAUUAAAGUCGUUAUAGUAUUUUUACCGUUUUUUUAUUUUCGGAUGCCUUAUUUCUUUUGAGCAAUUUCAUAACUGGACAUGUGUGCGCGCCAAUGCUUUUAAGACACAGCAGCUACAGUGUAAUAUAAAGACGUGCGUGUGAGUGUGUUUUGUGUGCGCCUGCGCAUCGAGUAUGCCUGGCGAGUGAGCAGCGCUGGUCGCAAGCAAGGCGAUCAAGACAUCAAACAGUCUAGCAAUACCGCUAAAGUGACCCAAUUCAUAUGCAUGCAUACUCACAUGGAUAUACAAAUAUAUAUAUUUAUAGGCAUAAAUGCUUACAGAUUUGAUAUAAAAUUGUAAAAUAUGCCGCAUUUAUCUUUCUUUUAUGCGUAUUUUCAUUAAUAUGCACAAAGAAACCAGAUACUGGAAAAACUGUGAUUUCUUUUCUUUAAAAUUAACGGAGGUUGUGCGGUGCAUAAAUAACUUGUAAACAUUCAAAUAAUAAUACGCGCCCAUUCGAAGUACUGUUAUCAAGCGCCUGAGUCCAAAUCUACGUUAAAUUGAUUGUUUUGUCGAUUGUCAUCGAGCAUUGACAACAGCAACAGCAGUUGUACCUGUAGAAAAUUAUUGGCUUGACAUAAAUCCCCGAUGGAUUGGCCACGGAGGAGUUAUGCGUUAGCAUUGCUGACUCUCUUACCGUUCGUACACUGUUGGAGUACAACAACAUUGGGUGGCGCUGGUGGUCAAGCAAAUGUUGUUGGCGCGGGCGCUGGUGCUGGUGCAAUAGGAGCUGGAAAUACCGGUGCCACCACAGCAAGAGCACAGAGCACAAAUGAAGUCUCGCCAUAUAUAGAUUUGGUGCUAUGCCCAAUGAGAGAACAGCCAUGGGGUUGUGCGCGGCAAAAAUCAGCACGGAUUUUGGAUUUGUGGGAUAAUGACUUGCAAAUGCAGUGGCAGAAAUUAAAAGUGGAAGCCGAUCGUCAAUUAAAUGCCACCAUUGAGAAGCGUGGCUAUAGUGCAUCUGAGGUACUCACCAGAGAAAAACCGUCCACGAUAUUAAAGAAGAUCGAAAUCGGUACCAGUUAUAUGAAGAAAUAUUUAGCUGAAACUAUGGAUGGUUUUCUUGGACGUGAAUAUGACUAUGUGCAGACGGAUCCAAAGCAAAAUUUGGUCACCACUGAUGAAGAUGAUGAUGAUAAUAAUGAGGAAGAGGAGGACAGUGACACAGAAUAUGAGGAGGAUGAUGAUGAAGAAGGUAAUGAAACUGAUGCAGAGUCAGAAACUGUGCAGCAGGGAGAGGAAGAUUACACGGAUCGUGAUGAGGUUGCCAGCCAACACAUAGCCAGCUUGCAGGGUCGACCUGCUGCUGUGAAUGGCCAACUGGAUCACAGUGAAGUGCCACUCUUAAUUGGCACAGCACCGGCUGAAGCCAAUCAUGAUGCAUCCGCUGGUGUAGAAUUUAUCGAAAUCGAAGACAAUGAGAAUGCGCCAACGGGUCAGUUGAAGAAACCAGGCGGCGGUGGUAGUAAAAAGAAGCGAAAAAAUAAGAAAAAGAAAAAACCUGAAACGCUGUUAGUAGUACAACCGGCAGAACUGGAAUUGCAUGGCCAUGGUGGUCAUCAUGGUUGGGAUGUACAUGGCCAUGGUGGUCAACAUGAUGAAGUUGUGGAGUGGGUGCCUGUAACGCAGGGUCACAGUAAGCCAUCGAAGAAACAAAAGCGCAAGAAAAAGAAGAAGCACCAGCAUGCGGACGACAGCGUAUCUGUUGUGGUCGAACAAGAGCCAUCAGACCAUUUGGGUUUGGGCCUGCUGGAAGAGUUGGCGGAUGCGGUCGAUGUAGUGGAUUUGGAUGAGGGACACAAGCGCAAACAUAAGAAACCACAUAAAUAUGGUAGAAGCGUUGGAGUGACACGUGGCAAGAAGAAGAAGAAGAAGAAGGCACUUGCCAAACUGGUGUUGUUGGGGUCAUUUCUCAAAGCGAAAAUCGAGCUGCUACUGAAAAUUUUAGGCGCCCACUUACAAAUCAAAUUCUUCGCAAUUGCACUCAUUGGUCUGCUGAUAAAUAUUGCACGAUUUUGGAUUGAUGUAAAACGUGGUGGUACGCCACAAAAGGUUGUCUAUGUUGAACAUGCACACCAUCAGCACCACUACGAUGAGCAUAACGAAGACUGGGGUGGCGAAUCGGGUGGCAGCUACUGGAAGCGUUCACUACAAACUGAUCCAUCAUUGGAAGAGGCUGCGACGGAUAGCUAUCAGCCUGUGCCGCAAAAUCAAGAUCCACACUUUAUGGCCUACGGUAGACAAUGGCAAUGA